CCGGACCCGGACCCGAUGUCGCUGGUCGCCUACGACGCCUCCUCCGACGAGGACGAAGCCGGCGACCCUCCCGCCGCCGCCGCCGCCCCCGCCCCCGCCCCGGCCCCUCCUCCCCGCCCCGCCCCCACCGUCGGGCCGCAGCCGAGGCCUCCGUCGCCCUCGCCGUCGGUGCGCGCCGCGCCCCGGCCAUCCGCGCCGCCGCCCGCCCCCAGCCAGAAUGUCUCCCUGCCCGCACCAUCAUUUGACCUACCAGACAUUGCAGAUCUUUUUGAUUCCCCCUCUCUCCCCAACAGAGGUUCUGCUGGUAUGGUGGGAAGUUCAUCAAGGAAAAGAGAAUCAAAUGGAUCAGCUAUUCAAGAUCCCCGUAGUAAAUUCCCAAGGGCCCAGUCAGCACAAUCUCGUGGUGCCAGGAAUGCUGCUGCGAGCACAUUAGUUCCACCACAGCUUAGUGGAAGGAGUAACGUUGUUACUGAAGAUAUGGGCAAACUAUUUGUGGCAAGACGUAAAGAUUAGCUCAAAGUACCACUUUAUUAACCUCUACCUGGAUCCAAAUGACACAUCUAUUGGCUCCCAUAGACGUGCAUGAUUGACGGAUGAUCGUAACUCAAGAGAUUGGACAUGCUCUUUUCUGUGACAUCUGUUUGAUGCAUGUUUCUUUGGUGUUCACCUGCAAUGUAGCAUGUACUUCUUUUUAGGACAAUCGGAUAUCAUAUUCUACUCUGCAAGGAGAACCUAGAUGUCUUCUUUAUCAUUUGGUUAGUAGUGAGUGGAUGGAUUAUCGAGAGAAUGUAGCUUACAUUUGAAAAAUAUAGAUGUAUGAUUCCUAUGAUUCA